CACGUCAACCGCCGACGCACACAGACUCCAGUCGACGUCACCUCCAUGCAAAACACCACUUCAAACAACGUCGCGGAAUUGUUUUUCAUUUGUUUCUCUUCCAUUACGGUAGCAGCAAGUCCAUGAGGAUGAAGAGAGGAGUGACCCCGGCCUGUUGGGUGUUGGUUUGCUGGGCAGUGUUCCUCUUGAUCAGUGUACCAUGUGACGCCUUUGUGCUUCCAAGUGGAGUCAAGAUCCCCUCUUCCAAAUGGCAAAGUAGUGAUCCCAUUAUCGGUCCUUUCCGAAUUUCAUCUUUUGCGGGAGAACGAGCUACCAGUCAUCCGACCACUACUUGUCAAUUAUUCUUCAAGGAAACAACGGAGGGACUUGGUUUAGCACAGAGAGGACGACAACGACGACGAGGUUCACAGGCCAUUAUUCCCUCGUGGGUUUUGGAUGCGCUGCGUGGUCGUGAUGUGACGCUGCCAUUUCAAUUUGCCCUUUCCAGAAAUGACGACGACUUGGAUCGCUCUCUUGUGUCUGUUCGACUGCUCACAUUCGAGGACCUAUCUAUCAUUGUUCCCAUGUGCAUCACCGAGUUUGGAGGCAAUAUGGGAGAAGGCUCUGUCGACUAUUUGCUCGGGAAUGCUCCCUGGGACAAGCCAUCGCAGCUUUCCCAAUUUCUGCGAGAAUGGUUCGAGAAUGCAACCUUGCCAGCCUAUAUCUACUGGACCUUUUGGUUCAAAAUUGUGGCCAGGAAUCCUCAAGACCAUUCUCUGUUGGUAGCUACACUACAGCAGCAACAAUCAUUAUCCGAAAGUACAUACAACAACAACAGCAUACAAAACAAGGAACUCAGUUUGGUGGACACUAUUAUUUCUACAUCUACAGACGAAAAAGAAACAAUCGUGGGAAUGGUGGAACUCAGCAAACAACCCCCGGAUCCACACCGCAAUCCUUCCGCGUAUCCUCUUCCUCUCUGGUACAAACAGGCGUACUGCCUGGUCCACAACCUACCUCCCAUUAAUGGAUGGAUCACCAAUUUACUGGUAGAUCCUGCGUUUCGAUCCCAGGGAUACAGCAAACUGUUAAUGGCGGCGGCCGAAGGUACGGCACGAUCCUGGGGGUGUACCAAAAUUCAUUUGCACUGCGAUGCCGACACGGUGGCGGGAAAAGUACCACAACGUCUCUAUCAAAAUUUGGGAUACGAAAUGGUGGAAGAUCCCAACGCGCCAUUUGCGUGGAUGGGAACGGAAUUGUCCAAUAAAAUUUACAUGAUUCAAGGCGUCGCACUCUUGUACAUGAGAAAAGAGUUGGACGGAUGAAUGACUUGUAGCGGAAUGAACUACCACAAGCAACAACGUACGGGGACAUCAUUUCACGGAUUCCCCACCAAUCAAUCGAUCGAUCAAGUGUCAACACAGUCCUGGACAAACACAAUUUUUUUACUGAUUUGUCAAUGGAUCGAUCGAUAUCAACAGCCAGAAAUUAAUUGUGCAGCCAAAGCGGAUUGAAGCUGCACAGAAAAGACUUCUCAUCAUGCAUGGUUUUCUGUACAAUAUUUUAAUUAAAAUUGAAACCAUUAGAUGCGACACUUCCGAAACAACAUAACAGCAUAAGCAUGAUUUUUU